AUGGGCUGGGGGGGGGUCAGUCUCUCUCUCCCCUACCCCCUGUUCUGGAGAGGGGGGGAUGCUGGUUGAAGCAGCAGGAGUUACUCUCCUCGGGGAACACUUUAAUAAAGCUGAAAUACCAUUUUACGGGAGAAUAAACGUGAAUCCCGGGCGGGGAUGCUUUGAAGAAUGCAGGUAGGGGAAUCCUCUAAAUUAAAAUGUUGGUCACUGGGUAAUUGCUCAGCCAAGUCAGCCUCUGCUGUUAGACCCCUGGGAACCUGAUGCCACAAUGCAAAAUUAUACCAAUAUAUUUGAUCUGAAAAGAUUAUUUUCUCAUGCAAAUCCGUCCCCUCCCAAAUACCUUUAGAAACUUGUAAUCUUUUUUGUUUUGUUUUUUUUUGAGACACAGGGGAAGAACACUUUUUUCCUCCAUGGAAACACCAAAGCAACAAAGCUUCUUGCUUAGCAGAGGGGAGGAGUGCUUUGUAAAUAAAAAUGUUAUUUAAUACUCCACUUGAGGUUAUAAUCCUGAUAUUAUCUACCUUUUGCUAUUAGACUUCUUUCUUUUUCUACUGUGCAAUAUGUUACUGCUGAUUUUUAAGUUAUUAGUCAUUGAAAUUCUGGAUAGGAGAGCUCAGGAAAGUUUAGGAGUCACCAGGACUCUAGAAUGUUUUCAGGAGUUCUGCAGCUAUGUCAGAACACUUUAAAAAAUGUUUCUUUUUCAAAGGCAGGGGGCGGGAAAUCUUCUAACUACCCCAUGCAAUGCCUUUGUCUCUGAUGUUAUGGCUCUAUUAAUAUUUGUCUCUUCUAGCUUUGUCUCUGACUAUUUUGACAUGCAAGUACCUUUUCUGUUGACAUGUAUAAACUAGUUUUUUAGAUAUUAUAUCUCAGUUGAAAUAUGAGAGUUGAAAUUAUGUUUCUGUUUCCCCCUGCCCAGGCGUGCUUGUAUGCCUGCCAUCUGCCCAAGAGUAAACAUUUGUGAAAUAGUUUGGGAGCACAAAUUGUAGGUGAUGACGAUAGAGGGAAACUCUUUACUCCAGAGCAAUAUGAAGAAUACAAAAGAAAAAUGUUACCAAUACGAUUACAGAACAGAUUGUAUGUGAGCUGGAGAUCCCCAACUGGAAUGGACUGUAAACUUGUGGGCCCGGAGACACACUGUUUUUGUACCCAUAGGUAUAAACAACACAAAACAGAUUAUGAAGAGAUUCCAAAAGAUCGUCCUAUUUGUGUACCCUGUCGAGUGAACCGUUGCCAGUGCAAAUCCUAUCACUAUGUCCCGCUAAAUGGCACUCAGCCCAUUCGUUGUAGAUGCAAGCACUUUGCUGAUCAGCACAGUGCAGCACCUGGAUUUUCCUGUAACUCCUGUUCCAAAUGUUCAGGAUUUCACAGCUGCUUUACCUGUGGGUGUGGUCAGCCAACAUAUGCGCAUGAAACGGUUGUGGAAACUAAACAAGAGCGCUUAGCCCAGGGAAAACCUGUGGGGCAAGAUGUUCCUUAUGCUGCAAUGGGAGGAUUAACUGGCUUUAGUUCACUGGCUGAAGGCUAUAUGAGACUUGAUGACAGCGGAAUAGGGGCACCCUCUGCUGAAUUUCUAGAGUCACCUAGUAGUGGCAUGGACCAUCCAUUUCUAAAAGCAUUCCAAGGCCCCUCCAGUUCUGCACAAGCCAGCUCACAAUUAACAGGUGGUUCUAGUGCAGCAAAGCAAGUUUCUAAUUUAAGGAGUUCUGAAGAAGAUGACAUGGCUUACUUUGAAAAACAGUACCAGGAACGGGGUGCCUUACUCACUUUUUUGACAAUCUUCAUCUUCUCAAUGGGGAUCCAGCACCAGUGGCAGCAGUGGGGUCCAUCUCUAGCUGGCCCCACACACAACCAGCACCAGCAGAAACAGCAGGAGGGGAGUACCUUCGGUCACUUAUUACUUUUCAGAAAAUUUCCUUUAAUUUUCAAAAGAUUAAAGUGAGGCUGUGACUCCUCUCCCAAUCCCGCCCUCAGCUCAGGAACCAUCACCAGGAAUGAGGCAGCCUAAAGGAUUUGUUCUUUUAAAAGGAAGGAGCCCCAGCCCAGCUCCUCUAGACACUUCUCCACAUGCUGGCCAGGAGGCCACUUUUCAGCUGUUACUCAGACAAGACUAAAAGGUAAGUGCUAUUUCUCAUCCUCUACAUCUCCCACCCAAAGCAGGUAAGAGCAACAGGGGUGUCAUUACAACACAGACAGUUUAUUUAAAGGAAAUGGAUGUCUGAUGCCAUUGACACUUCCUCUUGCUGGGCUCAGUCCUAUUAUCAUUUAUUACAAUUUCCAUUCCUGUUAUGCCACCAUGCUUCCAGCAUACCCACCACUGCUUCAGGAACACAUUGCUCCAGCUCUACCCCUUCCCAGGACUCAGACAAGUCACAGCUCCAAAAUAUAUCCAACAGAGCUAUCUCUCCUAUGGCAACUGGUGAACCAGACAACCGUUCCUUCACUUGCAACAUCCCAUGACAACAUUUACUUCAUUACCUAUCACAGUUCAAAUUGGGAGGACCUGUCCAAGAAAACAGGAAAGCAAAAAUAAGAAGCUAGAUUCCAGACCUAACACGCCUGUAUGCUGCACAGGUCCACUACACUACAUAGUCCACUGGCCAGAAACAGACAGCACAAGGCAUCACAAACUAAAGCUGAUGUUGAUCAAUGCAAGACCUGCCACUAACAAACAAUACAUGACCUCAUCAGUAAUGAGGCACCUGAUAUAGCCUGCAUCACCAAGACCUGGCUGGAUGACAGAGCAAGUCCUAUACUAGCCAACUGCAUUCUCCCAGGAUACUUGGUACACCCCUGACCUAGAAAGGACAAAAGGCCAGUAAGUACUCCAUUCAUUUUCUUUGCAAAUGUCAAAUGCAAGAAAGGAGCCACAGAUAAGACAACUUCAUUUGAAUUCAUUCAUCUGACAGUCAAAACCAGAGCAAAGCUUGUGUGUGAGUGUGUGUAUGUAUAGAUUUUAUGCUUAUUUACAACCUCUGCAGAAAAGGGUUCAUGAAGGAGCUCACUGGCCUGUGGUUGGCAGUGGUGGUGAAAUACCCCAGACUCCUUGUCCUAGGAGAUUUCUAUAUUGAUACAAGGCCGCAGAUACAACCCCCCCCAAACUCAUCACCUCACUUUUCUCCCUAGCACUUUCAUAGGUCAUCUUUGGCCCUUUUGUUUUCAGUUUUUACCAAAAAAUUCCAGGUUUUACAAUAGCAAUUCCCGCCCCCAAAUAUCGGAAGGGCCAGAACUUCCCACCUCUCCUCUCUGGAAGGUGAGAUGGUGGCUCGGUAACCAUGGGUGUCCCUGGUUUCUGAUCCACCAUCUCUUUUUCCAGAGUGGCGGGGAUGGAUCAGAAGUACUGGAAUAACUUGAGUGCUGAUGUACGUACUGCUGUCAAUCCCACGCCCAUCACAUACAUAUUACCUGUUCUACAGAUAGCAUGGAUGUUUAUAACAUUCAAAGCAAAUAAGUUAGUGAACUACUUUUCAUGCCAAAAUUAGUCAAAAAUGAAAAAUUGAAUUCGACUGUGUUUUAAAACAUAAGGGCUGUUUUGGAGGUUAAAAACACAAAAACAGUAGAAAAGAGGAGAGAGCUAUUUACACAGAAAACUUCAAAUUCAUUUUUUGCACUGAUUUUCACCCAUUUUUUGUAAUGAACAUUGAUGAAUUUCCAGGAAAUUUGAAACAAAAACAGAAAAUGUAGGGCCUUACUCACAUAGCUAACUCGUACUCCAACGAAUUCCAAAGCAUGCUAAAGGAUAACAGUACCCCGCCCAAGGGGUGAGGAAUCAAGGACCUGGUCAAUCAUUAUCAUUCUACACUGGCCUCCGCCAUUGACAUGUUUGCCCCCAAAUAGCCCCUUCUCCACAUUGCCCACACGGAUUAUCUUGAUUUUCUGACACCCUGUGCCGGAUGAAGAGAGAGGGUGGAAACUCAAGUGCUGAUGGCAGAAUACAAAGACUGAUUCAGACAAGAUGAAACAAAUUCCUCAGUCUAUACUGAGGCUGCAUUACAAGCCGAGAGAGCCUUCCCAUCAGCUUUCUUUGAGGCUGCCAAAUCCCACCCCAAGGGGUAAAUUCCUUCAAUCCUGAAUGCUUACAACCUGUAUCAGAGCCAAGAACAUCAAGCACCGCAAAAAAACUUAUCAUCCUACUUCACUGAAAAGAUCAUACACAUUCAGGAAGUCUUCUCAAACAGCAUGCAUCUGCUCUGCCUGCACUCACUAACCAAGAACCAGCUGCAUUCUCAGAAUUCAGUACAUUGACUCAUCAAGAAGUUCUGGACAACCUAAAGGAGUCCUGAUCCAAGACUUGUUCAUGACUCUUUCACAAGCCAGAAAGGGCAUAGGUCAGAUUCACAACUAGUGCCACUCCUGAGUGAAAUAGCCAAUGCUUCGGUCAUGCUGUCUAGAAUGGUAUACAACUGAGUGCCAGCCUCAGGGCAGACAAACUGACAAAAGCAGGGCAGAUAUCCCAAACUAGUGGUAUGUAUUAUAAUUAGAUUUUACCAAUCCAGUAACAAAUGUGAACUCCUGGAUCACUGUAACAGUCUUACCAUGAGUCACAGACCAUCCCCUUGGCUCUCCAAUCUAUCUUGCCACCCAGGCAACCUGAAUUUAGUGAUAAAUGAUCACUUACACCAGAAAUCAUAAAACAUUUAGGUUGUGAGCAGUCACUUACCCCAAAUCAAUUUGUACCUUAGAUCUCACACCAAAGACAAUGCUGGUAGCUAAUCCCAUAGUAAAUUAACAGAGGAUUUAUUAACUAGGAAAAAGAAAUGAGAGAAUUAUUUACAGGUUAAAGCAGGUAACAUGUAUACACAAAUGAGUUCAGCCUAUGGUUCCAUGUCAACUAUCUUUAUUUCCCUC